GGCCCAAUGCGGAUUGGAGGGUAUUUACGACUGCAAAUGCAGCCGGGACCAACGGCUUAACGUGCCUUCCGAAGCACGGAGUAACUCGAGAUAAUAAAUUCUAUGGUCACCCAUCCCGUGACCGACCCUAGCGAAAGUUGCUUAACGACAACGAUCGCGGGCCGCGGCGUUUAUCCACUACGCCACCGAGCUAUUCAUAUCACAUUCAGUAUGAUAUAAAUAUAUUAAAAACUUGGCUGUAAAAAUAAUAUUUUUUGGUCUUUUAUUAUAACAAUAACAAAAAUGUCAAUAAAUGACAAACAUCUGAUCUGACGUUUGUCUCGUUCGACUAUUUUGUUUUCCAAUUAAAUAAUUUUCAACAAAUGUUUAUUUGAAACUAUAUCAGUUUACCUUCAGAACUUUAUAUUAUUAAUUCGGAAUGUCUUGUGAAGUGGAUCAAAUUGGUGACUGUGGAGACACGGCUACUUUGGCAAGAGCUCUUUUUAUAGGGGAUAAAGAAGAUUCUAAUUGGUUAUCUCAAUGCUCAGUUUCUUUAUCUCCGUGCAGUAAUUUGCUAGCUGUUGGCUAUAAGACACGUCUUUGUUUGCUAACCAGUCAGUGGAUAAGCGCUACUGACAGCUCCACAUACUUGAUUUCAUGGAGUGGUACAUUAUCUUCUGAAAUAACAGUUGUCUUGGUGUUACCAAUAUGUCCAUCACAACAAUCAUCACAGAAUGGGCCAGAUUGGUUUUGUGUAAUUGUGGGUUUUAAAAAUGGCAAUAUUGCAUUUUACACAGAUACAGGACAUUUACUUUUAUCAGAGAAACUAGAUGAGAAGCCAGUAAUGAAAGUUUCUUGUCAUACAGGAACAUAUGGUACAUUACCUGAUGAUAUACAUGUACUAUUUCAAACAUGCCAAUGCAUUAUUUCUGGAUCAAGUUUGUUUCAAACUUUGAGAAAUGCAAAAUCACAGUUGGCUAAAGUUCAAGCUGGUUUACAAGAUGCAUUUACUGUUGACAGUCGUAGCGUCAAUAUUCGAAAGUGGUUGUUUGCAGAUCAAGAAAUUAUCCAGGACUCUGCAAUCGUAGGAUUAGAAUUAAAGAAUUCAUAUGAUCAUUUGUUAGCUGCAUCCACGUAUGGAGGAUAUGAUACCUGGUAUCGGUCAGUGCCUCCAGUUAAUUCCCUCAUACUCGGAGCAGGUGCAAAACCUUAUAUAGGUUUUCAUUAUGCUCUUGAAGGUGGAACUACACCUCCACUGCAAGAUGUUGCCAGAGCAGUGGCAAACAAAAUCAAAUCUGCUCUACCUGGUUGGCUAGGUGGAGGUAAUUCAGAGGCUACAUCUACGAAUUCGGAGCCGCUUAUUCGUUCUGAAACUCUUUCCCUACGUAGCGGGUUAAUUGAUGUACAAAGACAGGGAACUUCAGUAGUGGUGUCACCUGAUCGACAACUAGCUGCAUUCACCGAUAAUUUUGGACGCGUUUCUGUCUUAGAUGUUAAGAAAGGGUAUUUAAUCAGAAUGUUCAAAGGAUACAGAGAUGCACAAUGUGCAUUUGUACAGAUUUUCGAUUUGGAUAAAAAAGUACCUCAUAUGGCUGUUGUGAAAGAAAUUAAAAGAGCUAUAUUUUUAAUCAUAUAUAAUCCAAGAAAAGGUUUGAUAGAUAUCAGACUAAUGCAAAGAGGAAAUCGAGUGGCUGUUUUUACAGCAACAAAAAAUGGAAAAUUAAUUUAUAACACCUGUGGAUUGGUAGGGGCCGAAAAAAAUUACACUUACAAAAAAAUUAAUUUACCAGAGUUUCAAUGCGUAUUGAUUGAUCCCGACGGAAAAUUGAAAAGAAUUAACAUUCCUUUUUUUUAUGCUUUGGAAGGCGAACAUUCAGAAAGAUCAAAAGACUUACAUAUUCUUCGAGAUUUACGUGAUUAUAUAAAGAAAACACUUAAAAAUGAUACAAGUGAUUUUGAAGAACACAUUAUCAAGAGAGCUGCAGAAAUAAAAACAUUAGAUCUAAAGAAACACUGUUUAGAAAUAUUAAUCAAAAAUUAUGAAAUACCUGUAAAGGUAAUAAUGGCUUGUUUAUCAAUAUUUUGGAACAGUAUCCAAGACGAUAAUGAGAACACACAAAUGCAAGAAAUGAAAUCUUAUUUUGUUAACUUGGGACUUUUAACUUUAUUUUAUCUCAACAUUAAUAACGAAAACACCAAUGAUAUGCAAGAGCUUUGUACUAAAUUACACGAUAGCAAAGAUAUUCAAAAUAGCUUGACGCAUAAUUCAGAAACUGAAGAUGAAAUUAACGAUUUUCAUCUUUUAGAAGAUGAUAGCUGUAUCUUGGAAAGGUUAUUGCUUUUAGUUCAAGAAAGUGAAUAUAAAGAUCAACAACAUGCGAGAGUUACAUUUGCAGAUAGCCGAGCGACAUGUUUCAAAGAAUUUGUAUCCUGUUUUAGUUUAGAUGGGUCCUCUCAAUAUAUAUCAUUGAAAACGGAUAUUUCUGACGAGAAACUUAGGAAACUGGCUUCAGACACUUUUGAGUCGAUAUUCAAAAUCGUAGACAAGACGAUGAUUAGUCAUUUUAUUAAAAUCAGUAAUGUUGACCCAAAAGAUAUCGUAAAACUUAUAAUUAUGCAUUUGAUGGAGAUGCCUUUAGAACAAAUGACUGUAGAAGUUAUCGAAAAAAUUGUAGAAAUAUUAUUCUAUGUUUGUCGUGUAAAUGAAGAUGCUACUAAUAUUCUGUAUAAUGAAGUGUCGCCAUGGUGGCAAAAUAUCCGUGAUAUUUUGAUUGAUAUGACUUGUCCAUUAAGAAGUUUGAUCGUUGCAAUGGCUUGUAAAGCUGUAGGUAGGAUAUUUGAAAGUAAAUAUAAUGAAAGAGACGAGGACGCAUGGGAAUCUGUUACUACUGAAAAUGCUAAAUGGGGAUUACUUAUAGGGAAAUUGGAGGAUAUUUCGAUCCUAAGCAUAAUUUUAAUGUUCAAAGAUGAAUUUAAAGGAAGUAAAGUUCCAAAAUUACAAUAUAACGAUAUCAAAAUCAACCUUAAAUUCAUUUAUACCAGAGGCAAAGGUUCAGUUACUGAAUUAAUAGCAAAAUGGCUUUGCAGUAUGGCAGUGCUACCGGAAGCUAUAGUUGUGAACGAAUUACUGGAAACGAAAGCUUCACGGCAUUUUGAUUCUCCCGAUAAAGAGGAAGAUAAUGAUGAUGAUACGAAUUUUGUAUUUUUAGAAAAUCAUCGAUAUUUAGUUGAUGAUAAUCCAAAAAUUUUUAAAUGGCUUUCACUAUUACGAAGACAGUUUCCGUUAAGCACAAUGGCUACUUAUUUAGUAGCGAACAUGUGUUGGGAAUAUGCAAUUGCUUGGCAAAGGAACAUGCAUAAAACCGAUGAACUACAAUCAGUACUUUCUUGUCUGACGAAUAUUUCUGACUUACAUUUGCGAUUAGGAUUAUUUUCAAUCAUUUGGUCGACAUACAUAAAACAAACAUUUGAAGCAAUAUGUCGAUUGAUUAACAAGGUUGGUCGGUUACCCAAAGAUUCAUUAUGUUUACAAGAUGUGGGUUUAAACAAUGUUAAUAUGACAAAAUUUCUUGAUAUUGUUACUGAUUUACUUGAUAAUUUUUUUAAAUGCUCCUCUAUGCCAAUGUCUGAAAAUAAGAAAGAAGUUAAAUAUGAAAACAUCUGGGAAGACAGUAUGCCGUCACUGGUUGAAGUUGCACAAGAUGCGAAAAGUGUGAAUUGUGAUAUACUUAACUUGAACUAUCAAGUCGCUUGUACUGUAUAUUAUAUGUGCCAUUUCAAUAUUAAAUGCUCUAAGCCCCUAGAUACGCUAUAUGACAUAGAUUAUCAAUACAUACUUGAAGCACUUGCUGGUAAUCCUGUUCACCGAGAAAUAAGUUUGAAAGCCUCUGAAAAAAUAAGAAAUCCUAGAAUGAAAUUUAUCACUAAACUUGUUCGUGCUGCUAUUGAGACAAUCUCACAAAUUGACAGCGAGAGUCCAUUUAAAAGUUACAACAAUGAAGAAUGCAAUAUUUGGAUAGAAAAAAUUAUAGUAUUAGCUGAGCUAUGGCAUAUCGAUACUGAUUUUGUAAAAAGACAACAGAUUAUUGCUUUGUAUCAUUUGGGUUAUGACACAUUAACAGAAAACGAACUGAACUUUGUAAAAGUACCAGAAUCAGUUCUUCCAUCGAUAUUGGCCAUAAGCAUUCAAAGGUUGAAGAGGAGUUUAGAACAGUCCAGUAAUCAACCUGAAUGGAUAGUCUCUGUAUCACCUAAUCUUUAUAAACGUCUUCAAACCACAGUACUAGACACGUCCAUUCCGGCGCAUCCUUCUUUGGUAACUACGAAAACGGUGCUUCAAAAGUUACUUUUACAAAUAGAUAAAAAAACUUUGGAUAUACCAUCAAAUUCACAAAAUAUCAAAAUGGCUGAACUUAUUAUUGAAAAUUGUGAGGUUUUAGAAAAACUGUAAACUUGUUAUAUUACUUCUAUUAAUAAGUAGGAUAAUGUUGUAUUAUCUGUGGUACUACAUAAUUAAUCGUGCAAUUUUUUAAAAUAAAUAUGGUUAUCUAAUUUUAAUUCCUCAUAAGUCUUUUAAUCUGAAAAUCCUUUUGAACAUCCCU